AAUACUAUUAUAAUACUAUGGUCUGAAGAAAGGUAAAUGAAGAAAAUAUUUAACCAUAUAUUUUAGAAAUAGUGCUAUUGCAUGAACACUUGGAAAAUGCAUCACAUAAGUAGUUUAUUAAGUGAAAACUUGAUAACUUUAACUCUCACCCAUGUGUACUAUCUAGAAGUGAACUGUCACUUGAAACCAACAGUAGGAUCGUUUAAAGGAACAUUUAUCCCGUACUCUGUAUUUUAGAUACUCCGGAAAAUGUUUUCAGUGUAAAAAAGAGACUAUAUAAGAUAGUGAGAUUAAAGGUUAGAGGUGGGAAAAUGAAGACGAUGGCUACUGAACUGAGCUGUAUCGGGAGAGGAUAUGAACUAAGCAUGGAGAUUCUGAGACUCGUAUGGCUUAGUAGAAGACUCGAUGGAAUUUGUCAAGUAGCCCUUAAGGGAGUAAUCAAUGCUAGUUUUGACACAGUCUUACAGCCCCAAAAGAUGAACUUGUUUUGAUAGAGGUAUUCUGAAUUAAAUGGAAGAGCGGAGAGACUAUAAUUUAUGGACAAACCAAUCACGUAUAAGAUAAUAGGUCUGGGAUUUUGGCGCGAAAUUCACCUAUCCAUUUGGAUAAAUAGUUUUGGCAUCAUAGCUGAUGUCAGUUCGUGAUGAAAACCCGAAACCUAAUCCCUAACCUUAAUCAUCAACUGUAAAUUAUAAUUCCUCACACUGGUUUAUAACACUCACUUGGUCGUGAUUAUUUAGUGGUCACUCUCAAGGUCAGUCCAGAGUCACUCAAAGAUCGUCAAUAAAUUAGUCUCACCGGAAAAGUUACAAAAAUCGAAAUUGAUCUUGAACUUUGAAACAGCUAAAGAAGGUAACAAUGAUGCCAAACAUAAAUGGAGUACAAAAAGAGGAGUUGCCAACUGUAGCAAAAUCAUCUAUUCUACUCUUCGCUGAUGAUAUAAAGGUUUGGAGACCCAUACAUAGUAUGUCGGAUAGAAUAGUAUUACAGGACGAUCUUAGCUCAUUGGUGGCAUGGUUAGACAGGUGGUCACUAGAAGUAAAUCCUAAUAAGAGUGUAGUGAUGCAGUUAAAUAACUCUGAUGAAUCGUAUGACUAUACACUACGUGGAUUCGUGCUACCCAAAGCAAGAAACUAUAAAGAUUUAGGAGUCAUAUUAAGCAAUGAUCUCAAAACCACUAGUCACUGUAAGGCUGCUGCUGCAAAAGGCUAUAGGGUAUUAUGGUCAAUUCGUAGGUCUUUCCAGUAUUUAGAUGGUGAAAUGUUUAGAUUACUAUAUCCGAUUUAUGUGCGACCACAUUUAGAAUACGGGAUUCAAGCAGAGUAUCCUUGUUUCAAGUAUGAAGCAGAUAUGCUAGAAAGAGUCCAACGACGAGCUACUAAGACGGUACAAGGUCUAUCUGGCCUAUCUUAUGAAGACAGACUGAGACACCUUAACUUAUUUCCGUUAUCUUACCGUAGAAUACGGGGUGAUCUAAUAUUGGCCUAUCGUAUACUGAACGAUGACCUUGAUAUUAACAUGUCUUAUCUUUUGCUUCCGUCUAGAACCGAUCAUUUGAGAGGACAUUCGAAGAAAGUUCAAAAACCGAGAUCAAACCGUUUACGUCUGGAGUUCCGUUUCUCGCAACGAGUAGUGAAUUACUGGAAUUCUCAACCGGAACACGUUAUAUCAGCACCGUCUAUUAAUAUAUUCAAAACGAGGUUGGACCUCCACAGUAUUACAAACUGCAAGGAUUAAUAUAGGUCGAUAGACCUCCUAUCCUUAUUACUGAAGACUGAUAUAUGUUUCCUAAUCAUUCACGUUAUAGGGAACUCAAUUUCUUCAAACUCUGGCGACUUUGAUCGGCAAGCCUUACAAUCUUCAACAAUGACACAGAUAAAGUCACUCUUAACUUUCCACCCGACCUCGAAUCCAGUAUCCCUUUAUAGUCUCUCUCAUUUAUUGCCAGCGCAUUUCACAUUACAAACAGAUGAUCUUAAAAAUUAUGCUUAAAUUUUCUGUCAUGCCUGGUGUGAGAAUGCCAGGUAGGUGACCAAAUGAAUAUAAAUUGGGAAGUUAGCAAUAAAAAUAAAAACCAAGACCGCC